CUCUGACACGGUGUAAUGUCUCUUAAAAUGCAGGAGGAUUUCCUGCUCAUUGUCCAGCUGUCGUUUCUUCACAAGCAGAAAGAGGAGCGAUCGCGGAUGAAUGUAUUUUGGCCAAUUAUAAAUUGUGCGAAGAAAGUUGACGAACUGAGAAGUGGCUCGUAAGCACUUGUCGAGACUUGAGCAAAGCACAGCAACAUUACUCUGCCUACUUGCAUUUGGCCUUGCCUGAGACGUGGACCAUCGAGUUGAACUGACGCUGAAGACUAGUGCACAAAGAUAUGAAGUACAAAGAGAAGAUGAGAAGUUAUAUGUAAUGCAACUUAACUAGAGAACCUGAAGACAUAUCAAAAGGCUAAAAUGAAUCUGGAGGUGGCCCCAACUAACAAAUCAGGGGUCAGUCAGCUUGACUGCCCGAUGAUCGAUGAUUUUCGUAAUCAAGUCUAUUCCACGGUAUACUCCCUAGUUUUUGUGGUGGGCUUAGCAGGAAAUUCUUUUGCUGUCUAUGUGCUGGUGAAGACUUUUAAACAAAGAACGGCUUUCAACAUCUACAUGCUGAACCUGGCAGUGUCAGAUUUGCUGUGUGUGUGCACCUUGCCCUUGAGAGUGUUAUACUACUCUUACAAAGGAAGGUGGAUCUUUGGGGACAUAAUGUGCAGAGUCACCUCUUACUCUCUCUAUGUUAACCUGUACUGCAGCAUUUACUUCAUGACUGCCAUGAGUUUCACUCGAUUCCUGGCCAUUGUGUUCCCCGUUAAAAAUAUGAAAAUAGUGAAUAUUAAGAAGGCUAAGAUUGUCUGUGCAGUCAUAUGGAGUUUUGUGACAUUGACAAGCGUUCCAUUCCUGAUGUCCGGCUCUCACAAAGCAGGAAACAAAACAAAGUGUUUUGAACCUCCAGCUUUUCGAGAUAAAAAGGGCCUGAAAAACCUAUUGAUCAUGAACUACGUAUCUCUGGUCUUGGGCUUCAUCCUACCCUUCCUCAUCAUCCUUAUAUGUUACACCUUUAUCGUAAGGACUUUAAUGAAAAGCACAGCAGCUAUUCAUAAGAAAAAAGCAUCACGUCGAAGAGCAGUGCAUCUAAUCAUAAUUGUGCUUGCUGCCUUCCUGAUCAGCUUCAUGCCGUAUCACGUACAACGUACAGUGCACUUGCACUUCCUGAACCGAGAGGUGAAGAGCUGUGAAGACAUCAUUUAUAUGCAAAAGUCAGUCGUGAUCACGCUCUGUCUGGCUGCUGCCAACACCUGCUUUGACCCACUAUUAUACUUCUUCUCAGGUGAAAACUUCAGACGAAGGCUCACAAUUUCUUUCAGCAGAAAAUCGUCACUGUCAGGCCACCAAAUAUCUAACAAAAGGAAACGCUCGUUGAUGCUUCAGGAAAAUGAAAAGUCUGAUGGAAAUGCUUACACUCCUGCAGGGACGAGUGGAAGCAACAGCAUCAACUAAAUUCAAUGUUGUACAGCUUUGGAACGACCUUUCAAUUUGUGAAAUAACUUUCGUUACUAUCAUGUUUCCAUUAUGCAAAACAAAUACAAACCAAAUUUCACUGUUAGGCCCUUAGAUUCAAUCAGAGGAGCAGUCAAAGAGUAUCUCCUCAUUUACAACAAAGACAUCCCAGAAUCCAUGAUUCUUUAAAAAGGCAUUGCUUCCCCAAAAACAUUUUGCUUAUUUACAAGUGCUGGUGCUGAAGGUAUCGGAAAUGUAAAUGCUGGAAUAGAUUCACCUUUCCUAGGCUGCUGAUUGGGAGUUUUAUGUGCCUUCUACAUGCUGAUUAAUAUUGGUUUAAUGGCGACUGCUUCAAAAACACUGAUGGUGAAGUUUCUGGGACUUUCACAGACUCCACAGCAUCACAAAGCUUUCCUACAUUGGAUCGUGUCUAUUUUCAAUUUCUGUUCAAUUCAACAAACUCUGAAAGGGGAUAUGAUCUAAUCUGAAUGAAUAGCCUCAAGUGUAGAUUUUACCAGAUUGUUGGGGCAGAAUGUUGAGCUGGGGCUAGGGAGCACAAGUUUAAGAUGAACCUGCAUCAAAAAAAGGACGAAAAGGAUUGUUUCCUUAAGAAGAAUGGGCUAUUAGACUGUCUGAAAAAUCUGUGGAAUUCUUUGAUUGAUAGCAAGGCUGAAGGGGAACUGUAAAAUACCCUCACUUAUUGAGGAGAGACAGUGGAAUUGAAGACUGUCACCAUAUUGCACUAUUGAGUUCAGCAUCACAGCCAAGCCAGUAUCCAAUUAUUAUCGAAUCACUUUAUCUACUUGCUCAUCAACGUGCACUGGAAGUGUUUAUGACUCUGGUCUCAUUGAGCCUUGUCUGUUAAUUUACCUCACACUCAAAAUGUCUGCUGAUAUCUAUACUUCCCACAUGUCCUUCUGUGUGAGAGUGGGUGAACAAGUGAUGCCCAUCUUUGCCAGUGAAGGCAAGGAAAUAAAAACAGCUAUUUGGCUCCAGUAAACAAGAAGAAAGUAGUUGAUCACAUUAAUUCUGGUAGAAACAGCUUUUUAUCCUUUAACAACUGCCUACUUUUGUUUAUAUUUAAAUAUGUACAUAAAUCUGUUUAAGACAAAUGUUCCUAAGCACAAAAAUAAUAGUUGAUCCACGUGGUCUAAUUGCAAAACUAAAGGGUGUUCUGGAAAAAUUCCACCGUCCUUUCACGCGCAGUAUUUUAUUGAAAUUAAAGCUUUGCAGAGCAAUGAAGCAAAAUUGUCCAAAACAAAAACCUUUAAGUGAAGAAAAGGAUUUGGGAUGUCAUACAAAAUUAUGUAAGCAGUUCAGGUAUGGAGCGCAAACACGAGGAAAUCUGCAGAUGCUGGAAUUUCAAGCAACACACAUAAAAGUUGCUGGUGAACGCAGCAGGCCAGGCAGCAUCUCUAGGAAGAGGUACAGUCGACGUUUCAGGCUGAGACCCUACGUCAGGCCUUGUGUGUUGCUCAGGUAUGGAGUUAAUGUUUCCUCUGGCAGAGGAACAACUGUGUGCAGAGUCUCAAAAGGAAUUGGCAUGCUGAGUAGAGAUGGGGAAAAAUACUUCCAUCUUGCGAAUAGUGAAGUUUUAAAACUCAUAUGUCCAGAGGAUUAUGGAGACUCAGUUGCUGAGUAGGUUCAAGGUAGAGAUUUUUGUAUAUAGUACUACAAUAAGAAAUUGGCACUGAGUUAAACUGUUGGCUAUAAUCUUACUGAAUAACAGAACUGGCACACGGACCAAAUGGUCUACUAUUCCUUACGUAGAGGCAGAUGGUGAUGACUGCUAGGUUAAGUGUUUAAAACAGUUACCAUAGUUUGUUGCUAAAGUAUCCAGAUUACGUCUCUGCAAUCCACCUCAAGCUAGUUUAUGAAAUUCUGUGUACUUUACAAAUCAAUUAAGACUUUACUCAGGUUGAUUAUAUAAAGCUGGAAAUUUUAAUAUAGUUAUUCCUAUUGAUGUAACAUCCUUGAAGACUAAAUGAUAAAUAAAACACCAAGAGCUAGUGAUAAGAUCAUCUUGACAUUAGAGCAAAUUAACUUAGAGUUGAUUCAGACUUUGAAGAUGGUGCCUGAGGGUCCAUGAAAUUCUCUCUCAAAAUGUUUUGGACAACCUUGCUUCAGUGUAAUGCACUCAAUAUCAAUAUGUAUUGAAGUUCGAAGAAUAUUUAUGAUGAAAAUGCACUGACUUCUAAAUGUAUAGCAGAUUAGCAUGUUGCACUUAGAUAUUGGCAAGCCUACUGUGUUCAUAAUUCUACAAAUCACAUCAUGAGUAAUUUCAGAGAAUUCACAGCAGCAAAGAAAUAACUGGAAAACAUUAUGCCUUUAUACUCUGUCUAAUAGGAUUCUAACAUCCUAUUAAAUACAGUUAAAAUUAACCCAGUUAUUUCUGGAAAAUGAUAGUUGGCCAGAACUGCAGAUUCACAAUGGGUUAAAUGUCAUAAUUAAUGAACUUUGGUUGUUUAUUACAAGGAAUUGACCUGUGUCCCACACAGUGAUACUUCUGCAAGGAGACAGAUAAAUAAAAACGUGGGUAAAGGAAUGUCAGGUCAAUUUGACUAAGAGAGAAAAACACAGAAAUAAUAACCCAGUUUUUUAAAAUUAAUUUUACAUACAAUUUUGUAUAUUUUAAUUUCUGAAAACCUCUGUUUUUAAACGUUGUAAAAUUUCACUAAGGAUGUGACCUAUGUCUGAAUUAUUGUUGUAACUAGAAUUUAUAAAUCUUUUUCUGGAGUGUAUGAUGUGGCCAGAAAUAAAUGCACAA